GUGUAUCAAUAAUUGACAACCAGAGAACCGGAAAAUACUAGUAUAACUUCUAUCACCACACUGUGCAUUGAUACAACAGACACUACUGCCCCCACCAUGCCUUGCAGAUUCACUAGUGUGUAAUUACUUAUAUUUCUUUACUGUGCAAGAAAUGACAUUUCUCCUCCAUGGCCUCUGUUUAUUAGUUGCAAGCAACAAGGUGGCAACAAAUAUACAAAUUCCUUGUUGAUGAGGUCUCUUUUUUGACCGACCACAUUGACAAAUGGAGUUGACGGUGAACUCAUCCAUUCAGUACGGACUCUGUUUUUGUAGCAUCAUUGUUGGACGGUGAAUGGAGAUGAAAUCCUCAAAAACGGACUACUGUGAACUGGACCAAAGAUUUGGCAUCAAAAUAUGGUUGUUUCUUUCAUAUGUGCCAUGAUUUGUAUACGGGGGUGGCAGGAGUGGGUGGCAGGUGCAGAGAAAGUCUUCCAGAUCUCAAAUAUGAGUCGGCAGAAGAGAGUCAUCAUGGCUGUGAUCAUCUUUGGCUCCUUCAUCUAUAUUGUUUUAACCCAGGCUGUACAUAUAUUAGGAGGAGCACCGGGAGAACCUGUUCACCCAGAAAUACGAAAGUUCUGUUCUUCUGCUUCAAGAAAAAAUGUAAAUAUUGAGUAUGAGGAUUCCAACCUGCCAGUCAUCUAUGUGGUGACACCAACAUAUCGAAGACCGGAGAUGGUGGCUGAGCUAACCCGACUUGGCCAGACUCUAACAAUGGUAAAGAGGAUACAUUGGAUUGUGGCUGAGGACAGCCACACAUGCUCUCCUCCAAUAACCAGUCUUCUAGAUCGAUUAGGUCUCUCCUACACUCACCUGGCCUCCCCAAUGCCAGAAGUUUACCGCAGGGAGAAAUAUGUGCCCCGAGGAGUAUCCAACAGAAGGGCUGCUUUGCAGUGGGUGCAAGAAAAUGGUGAAGAUACAGGAGUCCUCUAUUUUCUGGAUGAUGACAAUGCCAUAGAUAUACGACUCUUUAAUGAAAUGCGGUUGACCCAGACUGUUUCCAUGUGGCCUGUGGGACUCAUUGGUGAAUAUACUGUCAGUUCACCAGUUGUGAAAGGUAAUCAAGUUGUUGGCUUCUAUGAUGGGUGGCCAGCAGGUAGAAAAUUUCAAGUAGAUAUGGCUGGAUUUGCAGUGAAUAUUGGUUACCUUAAGAAACAGAAGAAAGUCACAAUGCCAUACAUUGCUGGGCAUGAAGAAGAUGGCUUUCUGAAAUCUUUGAAUCUCAACCUGAAGGAUAUAGAGGUGAAGGCUGAUGGGUGCACCAACAUAUUAGUGUGGCAUACCCGCACUGCCAAGAAUCCUUCUCGCACCCUGCGUUUGGCACAUCAUCAAGCAACCAAUAUCAAACCACUCACUGACAACAUGCGAAAGAUGGGUAUGAUAAAGUAGUCACAAUAUAGAGGAACAAAGCUAGUCAUUUAUAUUGUCAUAAAUGGUCACUGUAAGAAUACAUUUCAUGUAUGAGGAAUCUGGUGUAAAAUGUUUUGUAUAUGUGAAAUGUUUGUUAGUCCAGUAAUGUUUAUUAUCAUAUUAAAGUAAGUACUUUAUGGAAGUAGCAUAGUUUCUUGGAUUUGAUGUUUUUAAGUGCAAAAGACAUUUUGGUAUUUGUAGCAGAUAAAAAUAGCAAUAUUUUUAAUACACUCACCAGGAAUGAAGAAUCUCAAAUUGCACCAGUUCUGAAAGCCUUUGUGGUAAACUGCAUCUCAAGUUUGUCACUGUAAUAAGCAUUGUUGUCUGAGCUUAUUAUUAUAACAAUGAGUGAGGUCAUGUAGCAUUUCUUUUAUGUGUCAUUUUUGUCUUCCACUAUUUGUGAACAUUGUAAAUCAGCCACAUUGAAACUGGAGAUGCAGGGAUGACACUAUUUAGGAGUAUUUUUUUAUUUAUUUUUCUCAUUAUUAAUACUUCAUUUGUUUAUAUAUAUAUAUAUAUAUAUAUAUAUAUAUAUAUAUAUAUAUAUAUAUAUAUAUAUAUAUAUAUAUAUAUAUAUAUAUAUAUAUAUAUUUUACUUUUGUGGCAGUAGCAACUUGGAACGUCACAAGUAACUGUUAGCUUGCAAUCUCACAAAAUAUGUUGUAUCAACCCUUCAUAGUUGUUGCUAGCCUAGUUGUAGUCAGAGAGUAACAAAAUCGAGAUUCAUUGCAGAUUAGUGUGUGUGUGCGUGGGUGUGUGAGUGUGCGCGUGUGCACGAGUGUGUACACUUCCCUAUGUAAGUGUAUUUUUACAGAAGUGAGUGAAGUUCAUAGUCUCCCAUCUUUGAAUAUCAUUGAUUUUCCUUAAAACAUACACACACACACACACAUGUAUGAGGUGCUGUGUGAAGUGAGUUAAGUGCCAACCUCAGGAAUAUGGAGUUACAACCAUGUACUAUUUUGACUCAUUCUCUUUCAUAUGAGCAAGUCACUUACCCCAAAACAACAGUGGAAAUAGGGUAGAAAGUCUUGAGGAGAAAAAUUUUUGCUCAAGUGUGACUGAGGCUGACUUGGCAUGCUAGCAUGGAAGAAUGGUAUAAACACCCAGUGUGGUGGGAGGCAGUGGCAUAAAUUUUCAUGUCCUGCUGAUCUAAAGAAUUUUUCUUACAAUAGCAAACUUUAUUUCUUAUUUUUACUAUCUGGCUUGAUGUUAUUUUGAUUGUUAUACUUUUUAUUUUGAUUAGUGACAAUUUUGAACACAUUUGUUGUGAGUGAUUGUGUUAGAUUCAUCAGUUUCAACAAUUUGUGUUCUGUUUUAACUUGUGGCAUCUCUGCUUGAGAGCAGAUACACCAGUCCUCCUUGCUACAUCAUUCAGUGUGCAUUGUGCUCACUGUUAACCAAUUAUUUGCACUUUUGUCUGUUUUGGAAUUGUAAAACAAUGUCAUCUGACAGCAAGUGGUUUUGUACAUAAUGCAGGCAGUUUUGUCUUUCCAUAAGCUUCAUUGUGGUUUUUAAAUGAUGGUUCUGGUUUUAAAACAACACAAAUAUUGCAGUUUGAAGUUGCAAAAACUUCAACUGUGAUUUCUGACAUUUUUAAAAAGUGGCACUUACCUCAUUCCCAUGUGGCACCUCAUAUAUAUAUAUAUAUAUAUAUAUAUAUAUAUAUAUAUAUAUAUAUAUAUAUAUAUAUAUAUAUAUAUAUAUAUAUAUAUAUCAUUAUCUGGUAGGAACAUUAUUAUUAUUGCUUCAUUAAUUUAUGUAUUUUUCACACAAUAGCAGAGUUAGCCCUUUUAUGUCAAAGUACAUUUAUUCAGAAGAUUUGGUAUGGAUACUUUAAAAUUAUGAUUCUGCUAACAGUUCAAUGCCUAAAAUAAUUGCACUAUAGCUGAUCAACAUGAAUGAUCUCCAAGUAUCUGCAUGAUUUUUUUUUUUUUUUUGGCUUUCUUGAAACAUUUCAUAUACCUCCUUCAAUUAUGAACUUUGUAUUGAAGAUUUUUCUGAUAGCACCUAACAUCAAUGACUUCUGUAACAUGAGAAUACUUUCCUUAUUGACAUCAGUUAUGGUAUGGUUUAGUUUACAACAAAUAGGGACAAACUGUUAUUCUUUAUUUACUUGGUGUUAGGUGUUACUUGCAAUAUGGCAAUAUGGUAAACUAUUUUAUUUUUACUCACAUGAAAUACCAUUAUUUGUUGCAUGCCAGACUGGUAGUAUGCUGAAUCAUUAGUAAUUAUUAAAUGUUGCAUGUCAAAUUAUCUGUGAUGUUCUUAGUGUGUUGAACUGAAAGCAGGUAUUAUUUUUUUAUUUGCAGGAAUAGCAAUAGGAUUAGUAGCUGUUAUAUAAGAUCAGCUUGAAGGCAAUUUUAUUUUGAACUAGAUUUAAAGGUUUAUUAAUUUUCUUUCUGGAGUAGAUAAACUGUUUUAUGUCUUCAUGAAAGGUUUACAUGUAAUUUACAUAUAUUUACAAUUUAUCUUCCUAAUCAUUAUCACCAUCUGCAGCAGCAGUUUGAGAUUCCUUACAUGUUUGCAUAUGUCAGCCUUGUUUACCUAAUGGUAACUUCCUAGGCUGCAUAGUCUCUAGCAAUCUCACUCCAAAGGCCUAGAUUUCUCAGGUUGUACUCUUUAGACUCUCACAAUUUACAAAAACUCAACCCAGGAGGCAUUUAUGUAUGCAUGCACAUGUUCACAGCUCAGAAAUCUUUAUAUUUGUACUGAGAACUGCAGUUGUUGCAAUGGUUAGAUGUAGACUUACCUAUUUAUUUCUGAUGUAAAUUAUAUUCAUAUUUUAGGUCAAUAAUUUUUAGUUUCUUUAAUCAGUUGCAGGAGGGCAAGACCAUAACAUAAUUAUAUUAAACUGUAGUCAAUUUAACUAGUGCUACUUUAAAUUAAUAAAUGUUUUCAGAGGACCUUCUGAUAUUGUCUAACAAGGAGUAAUGCUUGCUUGGCAAUAAACAAUAAUUGGUAACAUUCCAAGGAAGAGUUCAACAAUCAUGAAUGUGACUUGGCUAAUUUAAGGAGAAUUUUGUAAAAAUAGUGUACAAUAGGGAUUAGAAUGGGCCUUUGUAAAUUAAAUUUAGCAAAUAAUUUUUGCACAUUAAGAAGACAAUCUUAGGUGCAUUGGAAAAGGAAAAAUAUAUAUUGUAGAUUUACUGCUUUUGAUUAAUUAUGUAUUGUUCAUUUUAAGCAGAAAAGAAGUAUAGGUAAAAAUAUAUGUUGCCAUUAAAUAUCCUUAGUAUUGCACAUACAGUUAUUAUAGAUAUGAAUGUCUUUUAGGGAAACAAAAAUUCAUUAAGAAUAGGAUGACCAGUGCCAAUAUGAGCAUCAUAAUUGUGAAGACCAGACAUUUCAACACCAUCUUGAUGUCACCAAAAGUGGUAUGUUGGAGACUGCACAAAAACAUGUCACUUAAAUCAUUAUUAAAAGUAAUCAUUAUAAAGGAUAAUCAUAGUGUUAUAUAAUGUAAAGGGGAGUGGCAGAAGUGGUGUUAUUUAAACAACACUGCUUCUGCCACUCCCCUUUGCAAUUAUAAAUCAUUAUUACAGUCUUUUAUAAUGAUUUGAUUUAAUUAAGUUAAUUAAUUAAUUAUUUUAAUGCUAACUAUUGAUUGAGAUGUUAUUUGUGCUCCCUCCAGAAUACCACUGAAGAUAACAUAAAGGUGAUGUUGAAAUGUCUGAUUUUUACGAUCAAGAUGUUUGUAUUGGCAAUGGUUGUUCUCUUCCUAGUUAGUCAUGUACAGUGUGUUAGCACUAAAGUUUAGGAUUUGUCAUUUACACAAUCAUUCCUAUUUAAUAUUUAUUAUUCCUGCCUCCUAGAGCUACUGGUCUUCAUCAACCUUUAAGUGACAGGUAUACAACACCAUAUUUGUCUAAAUAAGACUGUACUCAGUCAUCUUUGUGCUUUCUGUUCAUUGCUAAAAAAUUUUAAUUUUUUAAAUUUUUAUUUGUAGUAUUUUUAUUCCAUACAAAUAGAAUAAUUGUUCCCUCAAUCAAAAUCCAACUUGUCAUAAACAUUGCCUGCUGCACAGUGGUUAAAUACAGUUGGUUAGGUUUUAUGUAUGUACUUUAUUCACUUUUAGAGAAAUUGGAAUUUCUAGAAUUUUGUUUCUUAGUUAAAUGGAAUUUGAAUGGCCAAUUAUGAAGAUACCUUUGGACAAAGCAGAAGGUCCAAGUCAGAUUUAGAUGAUCUUGUUUUGUCUUCUCAUAUCUUUCAUAAUCUUUCAGUAAUAUAAGUGGGUCUCAUUACUAUAAUUAUUGCUUGCUGGCUAAGGCAAUGUAGAAGCUUUGUCCCCUGCCUCCUUGCCCUUUUUGGUUGGCCUGCAGAUUUGCACACAUAAAAUAGUUGUCUUGCCCUAAGCUGGAGAGGGGGGUGAGGUAUUAUAAAAUUGUUAACCCUUGGAGGAGGUGAAUAAACAUUAUUUACAUAAAAUUAUCCAUAUGACUGCUAACAAAUGCCACAUCUCCAGUAGCAUGUAUUGACAGUCAUAUGCUAUGUAAAUGAUUUGACAUGUUUAUCUGCUUCCAUAGUUUUCAUGAGGGAUUAAUACCUUGUUAUUGUUGUUGUUAUUCAUUUUUUAUUUUUUUUUAAUCAGAUCAGCUUAGCUUGCUGUGACUAUUCUCAUUAUAUUUACUUAUGGCUGGUAUGAAUGUCUUUUGGUAGCGCUUGACUUACAAUUCUGGGUGAAUGGUGUUUAAAGAAAUGGUAAAGCAGUAGCCUUAAGAUUGUAACAAUGGGAUUACAGUAAUCAGUCAUCUAAACCUUACCUUAAUUUGGUUGCUCUUAUUAUCUGUUGUUUCUCUGAAUUAUCCUGUUCUGCUAGGUUUGAGAAACAUGUUAUGAUAAUGAUGGAUGUUACUAUUUUUUUUUCUUUCUACUUUUGAUGACUCUCCACUUGAAGAUUAUUGUAUCCUUAAUCUUAUAAACUGGAUUCAUAAUGGAGAAAAUUUCCUCUUACAAAUUAUAACGUAUACAUAGUCAUUUUCAGGAGGAACAAUGAAUUUGCAUCAUGAAGUAGAAAUGUGGUAUUUCAGUAUUUACUCUGUAGCAAGUAUUGUUAAGUCUGUGUACGAAGGGUAAAAGGCUGCUGUAUAGUAGUGAAAUAUAUGCUGGUGUGUGUAAAAUGCACCCUUACUUUACAGGGUUAUAUUGUAAUUUUUAAUAUAUUGUUAUAGAAAGCAUUACUUAAUCCAGAACUUACUCUGCCUUCUGCAUUUAGCUUCUCAUUUAGAAGUAAGGCUGGAUAAGGAGCAGAGUUCUUCAGUAAAAAAAAUAAUGAAUGUAUUUAAAUUAAAUUAAAUUAAAAGGUUACUUGCUUGCAAAUAUGGUAAUAGUAAAUGUAAUACAAGCAAUUAUGAAAGAAAGUUCUCAAGCCACACAUACAAAAUUCAAAUAAGAAUUCUAAGUUAUUAAGGUAGAAGCAGAUGUUGAUGUGAAUUCAAGAGUUAAAUUUAUGUUCUGUAUGGUUUAUGUUCUUGCGUUUUAUGUGUUAUCAUUGAAAUCUCUACAUGGUUUGUGUUCUUGUAUUUUGUAAGUUAUCAUUUUAACAAUUUUUAAAGUAUUAAAAGAGUUUAUGUUGUUGAUUGGUUGAAUUCUUUAAUGAAGUUUUUAUAAAUGUGUUUGUAAUAACAUGGAUUCCAGCCUGUGUCAGUAGCCUGGUUUCCUGUCUUGAACUUUGAUAGAAUUAAUAGUAUGAAAAAUCAGGCUUAAUUGAAUUUCCAUACAGUAGUUUCAUUAAGUGAAGGAAAAGGCUUGAAAGUUAACCAUAUGAUGAAAUAUCUCAGAGCUAGUUAGUUGAUGUGAUGCUGUGAGCCAUUUGGUAAAUAAAUGAGGAAAUGUUA